AGACAUUCAAGAAAAGGAAAUGGCUGUCUUGCGCAGGCUGUACAACAAGAGCAGCCGCAAUGCCGCCGCCGCCUGGAGCGCCUCGUUGAUACUGCUGCUCCUGCUCGUCAUCUCCCUCUCCGGGGGCGGGGCUCGAGGGAGGCGGGGUGGCAUCGUGUUAGGCUCCGGCGUAGGGGCUGGAGAUGCAGAGGAGGGGAUCUGCGAGGAGGAGCUGCUGGCACUGGACGGCCGCGCCGCGCGGUGCCGGUACCUCCAGUCCAGCCACCCGCCAUGCGGGCCGCAGGGGUACGUCGACUACCUCGUGCUCUUCUACUGCGCGUGCGGCGACGGCCAGAUGGACCUCUGGUGGUCGCCGUGGCUGGGCGGGGCGACGAUCGGGCUCUGGCUGCUCCUGCUCUUCUACCUCCUCGGCGACACCGCGUCCGAGUACUUCUGCGCCUCGCUCGAGGGCCUCUCCGCCGCGCUCCGCCUCCCGCCGGCCGUGGCCGGGGUCACGCUGCUCUCGCUCGGGAACGGCGCGCCCGACGUGCUCUCCAGCGUCGUGGCAUUCGCGUCCGGCGGCGCCGGGGACGGGGCGGGGGACGUGGGGCUCAGCGGCGCGCUCGGCGGCGCGCUGUUCGUGUCCACAGUCGUCGCCGGCCUCGUCUCCAUCUUGUCGGCUCGCCGCCGCGGUGGCGCGGGGGACGCCGUCGUCAUCGAGCGGCGCGGCUUCGUGCGCGACGUGGGCUUCCUCCUCGUCGCGCUCUGCUAUCUCCUCGCAAUCCUACUCGCCGGCAACGUCACUGUCUGGUCCGCCGCGGCCUUCCUCUCCCUCUACGCCGUCUACGUCCUCGCCGUAUCGGCCUCGCACUGCUGCCCCUGCGCCGCCGCAGACAACAGCAGCAGCAGCAGCAGCGCCGAUCACUCCGACGACCUCGCCGCCCCGCUUCUCCCCGUUGUCUCCUCCAAGAAUAAUAAGAAGCAACAACUAGCAGCCUUCGCCCGUCAGCUCCUCGCCGCGCCGCUCUACCUCCCGCGCCGCCUCACCAUCCCGGACAUCGCCGCGCACCGCUGGUCACGUGCCAACGCCGUCACCUCCGUGCUCCUCGCCCCUCUCCUCCUCGCGGCCGUCACCUGCCCGCUCACCCCAACCUUCCUCCUCGGCGCCGCCCUCACCGGCGCCCUCCUCGCCAUCGCAGCGGCCUCGACCACGGACGCCGCAACACCCCCUCGCGGCCGGUACGCGCGCCUCGUGUGGCUCGUCGGCGGGUUCCUCAUGUCCGUCCUCUGGUCCUACGUGCUCGCCCGCGAGCUCGUGUCCCUGCUCGUGUCGACCGGCAUCAUCGCCGGCAUUCCCGCCUCCGUGCUGGGCGUCACCGUGCUCGCGUGGGGCAACUCCCUCGGCGACCUGGUCUCAGACGUGGCCAUGGCAACCCAAGACGGCAAGGCGGGCGCGCAGACAGCGGUGGCGGGUUGCUACGCCGGGCCAGCGUUCAACAUGGUGGUGGGGCUGGGGCUGUCGAUGGCGAUCGCGGCGGCGGGGACGUACCCGGAGCCGUACGAGGUGCCGGUGCAGGCGUCGACGUUCGUGACAGUGGGGUUCCUGGUGGCCGGGCUGGCGUGGGCGCUGGUCGUGCUGCCGGCGCGGGGGAUGCGGCUGGACGCCGUGCUCGGGGCCGGGCUGCUCGCACUCUACCUCUGCUUCCUCGCCGUCAGGCUGGCGGACGCCGUCGGCGUCCUCAGCUUGAAUUCACUCUCUCUUGCCAAGAAUACCGUGACGUGACCGGCAUGCAUGGUUGAUCGAUCGCUGUAAGAUCUGACGGUGAAGCGACGAAAAAUUGGCGGGACAAGAUCGAAGAGGAGGAAGAAGAUUGGAGCUGGUGGUGGUACUAGACUGUAGGCCAAACUAACUACAUCGAUCGAUUGAUGCUUAAUUACGUGUGCUUUGUCUGAAGCUGUUUUUUUUGUUUGGCUUCUUCUUCUG